AUACUACGUGUUCACUGCGGGUUCGUUCGCUUCUUCAUUGUUUAUCAGAGCGCCCAGAUAUUGAGGAAUAUAUGGACAGAUUUAGUUGUGUCAGCUAUUACUAGCGUUGUACAAAAUUUUAACCAAAUUGAUUAAGAAGAUUGUUAGCUUUAAUUUUAUUGUUAGGAAUCAAGAACAAUGGUGUUAGGAAAAUUACUACGGUCCACGGCGCGUUUUGCUGGAGCGACCCAAUGCUGUGGCCGGGCCGUUUACAGUACUCAAGUUAAAGGAAGACUCUAUACAAAGAAACACGAGUGGGUGUCUUUGGACGGCGGCGUAGGCACCGUUGGCAUUUCUAAUUAUGCACAGGAUGCUCUCGGGGAGGUUGUAUUUGUGCAGUUGCCGGAGGUAGGUCGGACAGUAGCUGCUGCUGAGGAAGUCGGUGCUUUGGAGAGUGUCAAAGCUGCCAGUGAGGUCUACUCUCCUAUAUCAGGGACUAUAACUGAGAAGAAUGACGCGGUGGAGAGCAGUCCGUCCCUCAUCAACAAGUCUUGUUAUGAAGAUGGCUGGCUGUUCAAGGUCUCGCUGAGCAAGCCAGAUGAACUGGAGUCGCUCAUGGACCAGCAGACAUACGACAAGUACCUCGAGGAUUCACACUGACGCUGACUCCAUCAUCAAAACACUCGGUUACGUUCAGAUUAUUUAGUGGAAUUUUCGCUGAUAAUGUACAUCGUAUUAUAGCUUUGACAAUAUGUACAUUAUGCGAGCUUCUGUUGCUGUUGUAACUCUUUGAAAUUUGUAUAACGCCCGUGUCACUACCAAAGAAUUGUAACCGAGUUUAUGAUCAAGCUAAAAAGAAAACUGAAAAUAUUAGUUGUGAAUCUGUAACAUAAUUUUAUUAAAUAUAUUUUAAGU